AUGGCUAUCUCCAGCACUAUCACCCAACUUGCUUCCCAACCCAUCGACGCCAAGCAGCAUCAUGGAGAAGCCCGUAACCAGAGUCAGCGGUUGAGGUCCCUCAACCCCACAAUCAGGGAGUUGAUGCGAAUUUCCGGCACAGUAGGCCUGUCAGUCGGAGUCCACCGCAAGGGGCUGCCGCGCUACGUUGCCAACUUCGGAUUCCGGGACAACGACAACAAGCUCCCGAUCACGGGGCAGACCAUCCUCAAUGCCUGCUCCCUUAGCAAGUUCUUCGUGGCCAUGACCAUGGCUCGCGCCGUCGAUGACCCGACGAGCCCGCUGACGUGGGAGAGCCUCGUCAGGGACACCCUGCCCGGAUUUGCUAUUGACGAUGAUUUGAUCAGGGAGAACUUAAAUAUGGUUGAUCUCCUCAGCCAUCGCAGCGGGCUCUCGACCGGCCCCAAUAGGCGCGGUGGAAACAACCAGAUGAUGGGACCAUUCCGGCAGAAAUGGGGGUAUAAUAAUGUUGGUUACGAAACCGCGGGGCUCGUGCUUGACGAAGUCACGGGUUCUUGGGCCAAGACGAUGCGGGAGGAACUCCUAGUGCCCCUUGGUAUGAAGCGGUCGUCACUGUAUCAUCCAGUACACAAGGAUGAGAAUGUGGCCAAGGUAUACGGCACUCUCGAUAACAGGAGCCCAGUCGAGAUUUCCUCCGCUGCUGCCGAAGAGGGUUCGGUCGUGGGAGGCCCCGGUGGCGGCCUCUUCACAUGCGUUGACGAUCUCCUCAAUGCCUAUGCCGCAGCCCUGGAGGCGUUCAAAGACCAAGUCGCGACGGGAGAUGCCAAGACAGAGGGAUCUCCCAUCAGAAGGGCAGCCAAUCUUCUCUCUGCCAAGAUCCCCAUGCUUCGGCCCACCUACAGGGAGUUGUCAUAUGCUCUAGGCAUGUGUCGCAUACAGCUGCCCGGGCCAAUGGGGCAGAUCGGCAACAACGCCGACCUCAUCCCUGACAUGCCCGUGGUGGGCAAGGGGGCUCCUUCGACGCUUGUGUUCUGCCAUCAGGGCAGUCGUCCCGGGACGCUCUGCGCCAUGGCCAUGCUUCCUGAGCUGGACACAUCCGUCGUCGUGAUGAGCAAUUCGCUCGGGCUGAACGACUGUCCCGACUGGGUGCUGCAACUCGUCAUCGAAGAGCUUCUGGCGGUGCUGGGGCCGGAUAGGAACGAUUACCUGGACUAUGCCAGGAAAUCUGCAGCGGCCACGUACAACUGGGAAAGGAAACGGCUGCAGCGCUGGCACGAGAGAGUAGGGUAG